UCUAUAUAUUGAACCGUCUUUACAUAUUUUUUUAGCACCAGUUGGUGAUAGAUUAUCAUGUCAAAACCCCUGUAUUUCAUUGCCGCUCUCUCCUUCUUCUGCCUCAUGCGCAGUAUUGUGGAAGUAUCUUCUUCUUCAAUAUGUUCCCCCUCUGCUGGUUGCGGUAAUGGAGUUCCCAUUCGGUAUCCUUUCUGGGUGAACAACAAUUCCGCCCAAGAAUACUGCGGUUACCCUCAUUUUGGUCUCAAAUGCUCCGAACAUGGCCGACCCAUCAUCAGUCUUCCAAACGACAAAUACUAUGUCACAGAUAUAAACUACGAUGAUGAUACAGUAACACUUGUGGACACGGAUGUGGUGGACCAAACCUGCCCCAGAGCACGCUACAAUGUUAGCUUAGAAAACCUCCCACUGAGUGUUAAUAAUCAGCUGAAUAUGAACCUGACUUUCUACUUCAAUUGCAGCGUAUCUAAUAAAGUCAAUAAUCUUCCUUCCGACCCCAUACGGUGCUUGAAAAAUGAAGGAUCGAAGCAGUCAUAUGUCGAGACGACGCCGUGGGACACAUAUGGGCUGAAUAUAGAAUGUGCGGAGAAGGUGGUGGUAGUAGUGGCGAAGCAGGGACAGAUCAGUAGUGAUACCUUGGCAACUGGGUUUCGUGAAGUUAUGAGCAAGGGCUUUGUGCUUGAUUGGCGGAGAGCCAUGGAUUGCUCUGAGUGUGAGAUAUCUGGAGGACUUUGUGGGCAAAAUCCAACCAAUCAUAAGACGCUAUGCUUUUGCGGGGAUGGCAGUAUCGCAACCAAAAGCUGCAGCAAAGGACAUUCAAUGAGAAAUAAAGUCAUUGUAGGUGGCGUUACUGCUGCAGUCGUUGUGCUUGUCAUGCUCACUCUCUUUUAUUUCUAUCAACGUCGAAAGAAGACCGGUUAUGCAAAGUCAUGCAUACAAUCACGUACUGCUUCUUCUGUUUCCUCCAAGAAGAUAGAGGAUCCUGAGAUUAAUGCAAGUAAAUAUUUUGGGGUCCUUGUCUUCACAUACAGUGAACUUGAAGAGGCCACUAACAAUUUCGAUUCAGCCAGAGAACUUGGAGAUGGAGGUUUUGGAACAGUAUACUUUGGUAAACUUCGGGACGGCCGUUAUGUUGCAGUGAAGCGACUGUAUGAGAACAAUUACAAGAGAGUACAACAAUUUAUAAACGAAGUUCAGAUCCUGACACGCUUGCGUCAUACACACCUUGUGUCCCUCUAUGGCUGCACUUCUAGGCACAGUCGCGAACUCCUUCUUGUAUAUGAGUACAUUCCUAAUGGAACAGUCGCGGAUCAUCUUCAUGGCGAUCGAGCAAAGCCAGGCUCACUGCCUUGGAAUAUCAGAAUGAACAUAGCUAUUGAAACUGCAAGUGCUUUGGCAUACCUUCAUGCCUCAGACAUCAUCCAUCGAGACGUCAAAACCAACAACAUCCUCCUGGACAACCAUUUUGUUGUUAAAGUUGCAGACUUUGGAUUGUCCCGUCUCUUCCCAGAAGAUGUCACCCAUCUUUCCACAGCCCCACAAGGAACUCCAGGCUACGUUGACCCAGAGUACCAUGACUGUUAUAAGCUCACUGACAAAAGUGACGUGUAUAGCUUUGGUGUGGUUUUGAUUGAGCUGAUAUCAUCAUUGCCAGCUGUGGACAUCACACGUCAUCGACAGGAGGUCAAUCUAUCCACCAUGGCAAUCAACAAGAUCCAGAACCGGGCACUGCAUGAGCUGGUGGAUCCUACGCUCGGGUUUGAGUCGGAUCAAAAGGUGAGGAAGAUGAUUAAUGCUGUGGCAGAGAUGGCAUUUCAGUGUUUGCAAAAUUUGAAGGAUAUGAGGCCUUCAAUGGAGGAAGUUCUAGAGAUGCUAAGGGAUAUAGAGAGUGAUGGGAAGUAUAGGAGCAAGCCGGAGGUGAUGGAUAUUUCUGCGGAUCAUGUUGGGUUGCUCAAGAAUGAUCUGCCUCCGCCUUCACUUGAUUCUAAUUUGGCAAGCAACUCUACAACUUCAAAUUCUAGCAAUUGAGUGGUGAUCUUCUCUCUUGCUCAUCUCAGCAAGUUAACCAUCAUUUGUGGCAGUAGUAGCAGCUAAUCUUCCUAUUCUCAGUCUCAAGUUUCUUUCACCCGCCAGAGUGGAUAGCUAGGAGAGGAUAGGUGUAUAGAAAGAUAAAAGUUUCCCUGUUUAUAAUUUUGAUCUGUGAAGGAGUUGGUUUUAAAUAAAUCCUCAUCCCCCUCCUAUUUUGAUCUAUUUUGAGAUUAUAGUGGAAAUAUAAGUUUAAGCACA